AGUAGCCAGUAUAUAUCUAUGGUCUAUGUCAGUACACAAUAUAGAAAAACAGUUGGUAGUUCCUGAGAUAUAUUUUUUUCUGACAGUACAGUAAAGGUCUUUGGUUGCCGGCUGUAUGUGAUGUGUUGUAGGCAUGCGAAAUUUUUCCCGGAGAUUUAUUAUAUUUUUGAGUCUGUAGAGCUUGUAAUUCGAAGAAGUUAAAAAUGGAGAAUGAUAUUUUAGACUCUUUAGAAGAUCUAGGGUACACCGGUCCACUGCUUGACGAUUCCUGCUUGGAAAAAGCUUUAGAUGGUGGUCCAAAAUCCGUCGAGUACACGGCCCUUGUGGAAUGGAUCUCAAAAGAACUCCAGACACUUUACCAUUUGGAAGAACAUGUUAACGCAAUCACAACUGCAGAGGAUUCUAGUUCGUUCAUGCUAGAACUCAGUAGUUUCUUGAAGGAGUUGGGAUGUGCAUAUAGCCAACUUACUGGGGGACAUAUGAGUGAAAGACUGGGAUCGAGGAAGAACCGGAUGUUACUUCUGGACUUUCUUCUGACUGAGCUACAGGCAGCACGGAUGAUCCAAGUCAAUAAACCAGAUGACUCUAAAACGAUGCAAGUUGAGUUGAGUGAAAGCUCCACUGCAAGUGACCUGAAAAACAUGCUGAUAGCAUUAAAAUUUCCAAAACCUCCAGCAAAUAUUACUCCAGCGCUUUUAUUUGGAAAAGUUGAAACAAAGAUGAAGGAGGUAUUGGCGAAAGCAUCUCCUGAAUUAAUUGGGAAGCCAUUAUUCACAGGUGUUCUAUCGGAUAAACAGUGGCACAUCCUAGCUAAUUUACAGUCUGAAAUGCAAGACGAGUAUCGUGUACGGAAAGAACUCCUAAUAAAGAGAUUAGAUGUGACUAUACAGUCAUUUCAGUGGUCAGAGCGGAUGCGUGGUAGAGAGGACGAGAUUGCAUCUAUUUUUCUAGUUCGUCGGAAAGCUUUAGACUCUGAGCCAAAUGUCCAUCUUGCUGAUCUUUUAGCAGCUCGAGAAGACCUGGCAGUCAUCGAAAAGACAAGCAGUGCAUCAGUCCGCAAGAACACUCAGUCUUCUAUCAAUAAAGUCAUCAUAGGCAGGGUUCCAGAUAGAGGAGGCCGCCCAAGCGAACAGCAGCCACCCCCGCCAGAGAUGCCUAGUUGGCAGCAAUCAAAACCAGGUGGCGGAGGCAGAGGUGGUUUUGGGGGUGGAGGUGGCGGUGGAAGGGGAGGAGGUGGUGGCGGUGACAGAGGUGGUAGAGUACAAGGUGGAUGGAACACAGGCAAUGCAGGUGGUGGCCGUGGUGGUGGUGGCGGCGGAGGCGGUGGCUACCAAGGUGGUGGCGGUGGAGGUGGAGGUGGUGGUUACCAAGGCGGUGGUUACCAAGGUGGCGGCGGUGGUUACCAAGGUGGUGGUGGUUACCAGGGAGGGGGUGGAUACCAGGGGGGCGGAGGUGGUUACCAGGGGGGAGGUGGUUACCAGGGAGGAGGAGGUGGUGGAAGAGGGAGAGGAGGACGUGGAGGUGGAUGGAGUCGAGGUGGUGGAGGAAGGCAAGAUGGCUACCGAUAACAUUUUUGGCUCAUCAUGCGUUUACUGUUGGAAAAAUGAUUGUUCUAUAUUUUACCUGUAGUCAUCUGCCUCAUCCUGAAAACAAUGUGCUUGCUAUUGUGAUGUAAUCAGCAUCUAAGUACUUAAGUUAUGUACAUUAUGCAUAUUGUUAACUGACAUUGAAAAGCAUAUGUGAAUUUGUUUUCUAAUAAACUACCUUUUGAGUAGAAUGCUAAGCUUGCUCACACAAUGGGUUCAUUUUUUUUAGUGUUUCACAUUAAUAUAUUUUCCAUUUGAAUGUAUUAGUUUAUUUAAAAAAAGUAAUGUCUCAGUUGUGUAGCAUGAUGUCUGCUCUAUUUGUGUAUUAAAUUAUUUAGCAUUAUUUUGAACCCCCACAUGCUUGUUAAUGCAAAUACAUAGUCAGAAUAUGUGUAUCCUCCUUGUUUGCAGCAAGUGAUUAAUUUAUUUAUAAAUGGAAACACAUUCUGAAAUCAUUGUCAAAGUUGAUCUGAGAACUUUAUAAAUUCAAGGCAGUUAAUGAAUGGCAGUUGAAUUUUGUGUUUUGCUAUUGUAUUCAUGACAGAACUAUUUAAUUCUUCAUGUUUAUAAGCAAUGAAAAUUGUAGCAACUUUACUUCUGCAUUAAAUAUUUAUAUACGUGAAACUGUCUGCAGAGCAAGAUAUUUGCUCCUGAUCAAAUGGAGUGUGUACUUUAUGUUCGUGUUGAAACCUUAGCAGCUAGUAACACUAUAUUGUAUUGAAUAUUAUUUAAAAAAAUUGAUAGUGUGGGACUGAAGGAAAAUAGUGAUGUGAAGCAAGUGUUUGAUAUAAGUUGAGUAAUUGUAACGUAAUUUGUGAUUUAAUACAGUUGUGACUGUGUGUGCAUGUGCAAAUUAACUUAAUUUAGUUCCCGUGGCAGUCUUCCAGCAUUCAUUUUGUGAGCAUUCUACAUAUGUAUGUUAAAUUAUUCCACGCAGCUCAGAUUGCGUGCAUUAUUUCUGUUUGUGCUUAUUUGCGCAGUGAAUUUUCCUUUGAAAUGCCAGGUAUAUAGUCUAAUGGAAAAAAAGGUGCGCAAUAUGAUUGAGGAUUAUGGCAUAUCAGUCACUAAGAUAUGCAGUACUAGUUUAAUUUUUUUUUUUAUUUACUCUUGCGCAUCUCAGUGGAAACUUUCUUUCCAAAGUAUUUUUAAAGAACACAAGUAAUAAAAGACAAAAUAAACAUAUGCAACUGAUUUAUUAAUAAAAUGAGCAUCAGUGUACAA